AUGCCGAGAGGAAGAGGCGGCGGGGACUCCGCGUUCUUCCUCCCUUCCACGAAGUCGAUGCCACUGUACGAUCACGCCGACGACGACGACAAUGGCGACGCGGAGAUCCGUGGCUUCCGGACCUUCCUUCGGUGGAUGUGUCUCGACCAGUCGGAUGCGUGCCGUGCGGCGUUCUCCUGGUUGGUCUUCCUACUAUUCGCCGCCGCCGUCCCGGCAUUCUCCCACUUCGGCCUCUUUUAUGCCGCUGAUCGACGCCCCUACGACCUCGUCGCCCAGACCUCCCUCACCGCGGCCGCCGCCCUCUCGUUCAUCACCCUCUCUGCCCUCACGCGCCGCUACGGGCUUCGGCGCUUCCUCUUCCUCCACAUCCGCGCCGACUCCGACCGCGUCCGCCAUGCCUACGCUGCCGAGAUCCGCCGAUCCUAUCGCCUCCUCGCCGCCUUCGUCGUGCCCUGCUUCGCGGCGGAGACAGCGUGCAAACUUGCCUGGUACGGCGCCGGCGCGGGGAGGGUUCCCUUCUUCGACGGCCACCCCGUGGCAGCCGGGUGCACCGCCUGCGCCCUCGAGCUGGCCUCGUGGAUCUACCGCACGGCCAAUUUCUUCCUCGUCUGCGUCCUCUUCCGUUUGAUCUGCCAUCUGCACAUCCUCCGGCUGCAGGACUUCGCGGCGGUGUUCGAGGAGGAGUCCGACGUGGAGGCGGUCCUCCGGGAGCACCUCCGCGUGAGGCGGCAGCUCAAGGUCAUCAGCCACCGCUUUCGGGUCUUCAUCCUGUUGGGCAUGGUCACGGUCACGGCCAGCCAGUUCGCGACCGCACUCGUCACCCUCCGCCCCAACUCCGACGACAACCUCUUCAACACCGGGGAACUCGCCCUGUGCUCCAUCGUCCUCGUGACGGGGCUAUUCAUCUGCCUGCGCAGCGCCGCCAAGAUCACUCACAAGGCUCAGGCGCUGACGAGCCACGCCACCAAGUGGCACAUCUGCGCCACGUUGGAGUCCUUCGCCGUCGACCAUGAAUCUGUGGAACAAAAUUGUUUUAACUUACAACAGUUCGUGCCAUUAAGACCAUGCCUCCAUGAACUUACACCCAAACUAAGAAUUGGUAAGCUCGAUAGGGCAGGUGAAAAGAAAGCAAAAUCUCCAUCUCGGAACGAUGAUCAGAAUGGAUGCUGA